AUGUGUAGCAAAGCGAUCUUAGCACUUCUGGUCUAUGGCAUAAUAAUGCACUGCAGCGUCUACUGCUCACCUGCGGCCGGACUUCAGUACCCGGCACUCAGGCUGGAGGAUGAAGUCUACGACGAGGACGGGAACACCCUGCAGGACUUCGCCUACGACCAAGAGCCCCUCGGUAUAGCGAAUCCGUCCUCCAUGAUCGGCGAGAUGUACACCUUGUAUUACCCACCGGAAAAGAGGCACGCCGAUGGGAUCUUCAACAAAGCCUACAGGAAACUCCUGGGCCAGUUAUCUGCCAGGAAAUAUCUGCACUCAUUGAUGGCCAAGCGGGUCGGCGGUGCCAGCGGCGGCCUGGGGGACGAUGCGGAACCGCUGACCAAGAGGCACAUAGACGGCAUCUUCACGGACAGCUACAGCCGCUACCGGAAACAAAUGGCUGUCAAGAAAUACUUAGCAGCCGUCCUGGGGAAAAGGUAUAAACAAAGAGUUAAAAACAAAGGACGCCGAGUAGCGUAUUUGUAGCGAUGUGAGUAACCAGCCACUCCUGUGUAUACAAAGUCCUAAGAGAGAGAGAGAGAGAGAGAGAGAGAGAGAGAGAGAGAUUAAACCCAACAACAACAACAAAAUCUAAACAAAAACAAAAGUAAUUUCCAAACUGACUGAACAAUCACCGCU